AUGCGGCAUGGUGCUCUGCUUCGAUGGGACGUUCUAUCCCAUUGGUGGAGACAGGUCUGGUGUCUGUGGUAUCGGGUCAAGUGGGAAGAUACAUGGCGAGACCUCGCCCCUCUUGCUCGUUCUGGCUAUGUGCUGAACCAGCCGAUCUGGUUUCAUGCUGAAUUGGAUUUUCAGAUUGAAGUCACCCCUCGGAUCGACAGCUUAGGGGGACAGCGUCGUAGUCUGUGCACAAUUGCUGAACUCCAACGGAGCUUCCGUCAACACAUUGCAACGACGUUCCAGCCACGCGGUUUUGGCGUACCAGCAGUAUCGGUGGCUUCGUAG